GAAGACCAUCAGCGCACUCUGACGGGCAAUUCGCUCUGUCUAAUUUGGCGGAUCUGCCAUCCGGACAAAUAUUUCACACGAGUUGAAGAAAUAAUUUGUUAUAAAUAUAUAAAAUUUAAAGUUUUCCAUAAAAGUAGUUCACAAUGCCAAAAAAUAAAGGUAAAGGAGGUAAAAAUCGACGUAGGGGAAAGAACGAAAAUGAAACAGAAAAACGUGAAUUAAUCUUCAAAGAAGAUGGUCAAGAAUAUGCACAAGUCACCAAAAUGUUAGGAAACGGUCGAUUAGAGGCAAUGUGCUUUGAUGGAGUCAAACGUUUGUGCCAUAUCAGAGGGAAACUAAGGAAGAAGGUAUGGAUAAAUCAAGGGGAUAUCAUACUGAUAGGAUUAAGAGAUUAUCAGGAUGCCAAAGCAGAUGUUAUUCUGAAAUACACACCUGAUGAGGCUCGAAACCUCAAAACCUAUGGUGAAUUCCCUGAAUCUGUUAGAAUUAAUGAAACAGUUACGUUUGUCGAGGAUGGAUUCGAUGAAGAUAUUGAAUUUGGUGAUGAUAUUAGUUCAGGAGAUGAUGCCGAUCCCGUGGACGGUAUCUGAUGGAUUUGGAUCUACAAAUAUAAUAAGAAAUGUAAAACAGUAAUAGCCUUUUGUCACUUUCUUCGACUGUUGGCAUAAUUAUCUAAAUAAAUCUAUAUUUGUAUGGUUUUGUUGAC